AAUACAAAGAAGGACCCUCUCCCCUCCCCCCCAAAAAAACCUCCACCAACACAAAUAAAUGUGAUGCAUGGCAUUACAGGGUUAGCACGUUAGAGUCAUAUUCCAGCUCUGGUGCGUACUGGCUGUGUGACCUUGGACAAGUCACUUCUCUCCGAGGGGCCUCAGUUUCCUCCUCUGUAGAAUGAGGGGAUUACACUAGAAGGUCCCUCUGAGCUCCAGAUCUGGGAGCUUGGGAUCCCAGGAAGAUCUCCAGAUAGGGGCAGUUGUCCCUUAAGGCCUUGCCUGGACACCCGGAGGAGGGAGAAAAGAUGAGGUAACCCCUUGGGCCCUCUCUUGUGGCAAGAUCUGGGCUAGGAGGGACUGGGGAAGCCCCAGAAAGUUCCCUAGUCACUCCAGUCAGCAGCAGGCUAGGGGAACAGGUCGGGCUGGUAUCUGAAGAGCCAGGCCAGCCCACAGGAGUGGAGGCCUGGCUCACUGGUCCCCUCCCUGCUUGUUUGUGGGAAGGCUGAAGGAGAGGGCGAGAGGGACCAGCGUCAGGCCAAAGCCAGCCAGACACACUGGUCUUGACCCCUGCCUAGUGCCCACCCUGACGCUAUCAUCUCACUUUGUACCUGGACCAGCUGGGAGACAGCUGAGAAACAGACUCUCCAGGGAACCCUUCUCUCCAGGGUCUGGAAGACCCUGGCCACACAGGGAAGUGGUGGCCUCUUGGAGGAGCAGCAACAGCUAUGUCCCAGCCCCACGGGGGAGGCUGUGUCUGGAAAGAGUUUGUGUUCACAGCCUCCCUGUUGGCCUGGUGGACCGCCCAUCAGGCCUGGGCCGCUCUCCUCAUCGAGAAGAUUCCCGAGGUGCCGCAGGAGGGCCAAGACAUCCUUCUGUCUGUUCAUGGUGUCCCAGGGGCCAUCCAGGAUUUCAACUGGUACCAGGGUGAGGAGACUGAUGGGGGCACAAUGAUCUUCUCCUACAUCCCAGGCCUGCAAAGGCCUCAGAGGGACGGAAAUGCCAUGAAGGGCAGGAACAUCAUUGGAUUUCCCAACGGCUCCCUCCUCCUCCGCCAAGCCAAGCCCAAGGAUAGCGGUACCUACCAAGUGGGCAUCACCAUCAAUCCAGCCUGGAUCAUGAGGGUCAAGACUGAGCUACGAGUCACAGAGAAAGGCGUGAACACCACCAGCCCCAUUCCUAAGCACCAAGAUCCAGUGGACAGCUCCUCGCCCAUGAACUCGGGGAUCACAGUCGCCAUUGUCAUCGGUUGCCUGGGUUUGGGAGUCCUUGUUGUGGGCAGUGGCUUGGUCUAUCUGCUGGUCACUAGAAGCUGGAAGAUCAAAAGUCCUGGGGCCACCACCGCAAAACCAGACCUGGGAAGACAUAUGUGCCACAAACACAAAGCUGGUAAGAGCAGAGACCAAUGGGGGCAGGGGGCUGGGGGUCCCCAGACAGUCAGUCAGCCCCCCUACUUCUCCCCCACCCCAGACAGCAGUAAUAUCUACGAGGUGAUCCAUUCUCCCAGCAUCCUGAUCACGCCAGCGAAUGAUAAAGGAAGUGGCAGUCCAAACCUGACCACAAGUGUGGUAAGAGUCUCUCUCCCUUCCUUCCCUACACAUGUCCCAAGGCUCACCCUGCUCUGCAGAGAUCUCAGUAACUUCCCAAGCACAUUCCCAGAUGAGACCUCGGCCCACAAGAGCCAGCCCAGAGAGGAAGGCGGGGCAGAACUGAUCAUGCUCAUUCUACAGAUGGAGACAGGAAGCCAUCUGCUCAUUUGCUGGGCUCAGGCAAAGGGCGAGAUCAGGACGCCUCAGCCUGAAGCUCAUUCUCUUCCCAUCAAGGGCCUCAGCUCCUUCCUGGGGAAAUUGGGGAGGGGAUAGGU